CGCGUCCACUCUGCAAUUUUGGGCGUCUAUCGGUGAACCAAGAAAGCCAGAAAGCCGUAUUCUACCAAAGACUUGACAAAACCCGUCUCGCGCCAUAUUGCGUGCUUGUGUUUGGUUUGCCGUUGUUGGCGCGUGGUCAAAUAUUUAAUCCUUUGUAAUUAGCGCGUAAAAAUGUCGGACAAUCAGGAGCAAAAACCUGAUGCCGGUACGGGCGACGCAAAUUCUGAAUACAUCAAGCUCAAAGUCGUUGGCAAUGACAGCAAUGAGAUCCAUUUCAGGGUAAAGAUGACGACUCAGAUGGGCAAACUCAAAAAAUCAUACAGCGACAGAGUGGGGCUUCCUAUGACUUCUCUCAGGUUCCUUUUUGAUGGAAAAAGGAUCAAUGACGAUGAAACACCAAAGCAGCUCGAGAUGGAGAAUGAUGAUGUGAUCGAGGUGUAUCAAGAGCAGACAGGUGGUUACAUUUAAAUAGCGCAACGAGGAAAAUCA